AUAUUUUAAUUUUAAUAAUUUCUUAUUAAAUAAGUUUAAUCCUUAACUUUAUUUAUUCUCUAAUUUAUAGUUAAAGUCGAUACAGCAUAUUUUCUUAAGAUAUAUGGGUCACGUUAUUGAAACUUAUGGCUUUACAAAAGAUCCUAAAUUAGGGGAUUAUAUAAUAGUAAUGGAAUAUGCAUCAAAAGGUGAUUUACACAAGCAUUUACAAAAGAAUUUUACAAAUAUUGCAUGGAUUAAACAAAAACCGCUCAUUUUAUGGCAAAUUUCAGAAGGACUUGAAACUAUACAUAAAAAGAGAUUUGUACAUCGAGACUUCCAUAGCGGAAAUGUAUUGUUUGACGACAUAUUUAGACGUAAUCGCAGUAAAAAUUGUCAAUGGAAAAUUGGAGAUCUAGGAUUAUCACAAGCUAUAAAUAGUAAAUCACCAAAUAAUGAAAUAUACGGAGUAGUACCUUAUAUUGCGCCAGAAAUCUUUAAAGGAUCUAAAUUUACUAAGGAAGCUGAUAUUUAUAGUUUUGGUAUGAUUAUGUGGGAAUUUACAACAGGUUGUAAACCUUUUAAUAAUGUUAAACAUGAUCACAUUCUUAUUUAUAAAAUUCUUGAUGGAAAACGACCUAAAAUUACAGAAGAUACACCAGAAUGUUAUGCUAAUUUGAUGAAAAAUUGUUGGGACCCUGAUCCAAAAAAAAGACCUUCUAUAAAAGAAAUUCGAUUAACCUUUGGUGGUUGGGCGUUUAGAAAUAAAAAUAAAGUAGAAUUUAAUCAAGCUGAAGUAAAAAGAAAGGAACUGAUAAAAUCAAAGAAGAUUGGACCUGAAUUUGCUGAAAAACGACAUCCAGAAGCCAUUUAUACGAGUAGGCCAUUAAGUGCUUUAAUUUCUAAAUGUUCAUCCAUCAAUUCAUCUUCAACAAUUUCAUCUGGUAAUAGACAAGAUUCCAAUUAUAUCUCAGUUAAUACAGAGUUUACAGAUACUAUUAGUUUGUCAUCACAAAAUUUAAGUUCUACAAGUCAAAAUUGUUUAAACUCUUUAGAUUCUAAAUAUAUCUCAGCAGAAUUGGAACUUGAUAUAGAUACUAGAAGUUUAUCGUCACAAAAUUUAAAUUCUACGAUUCAAAAUUAUUCAACCACUUCGAGUUCUAAUUAUAUCUCGGCAGAAUUGGAGUUUGAUAUAGAUACUAAAAGUUUAUCAACGCAGAAUUUAAGUUCCAUAGGUCAAAAUUUUUCAACCUCUUCAAAAAGGAGAAGAAAUGAAGUAUUUUUGAAUAUCGAAACUCAUGGCAAUAGUGGAAAACGUAUUAAAACUAGUUCCAAUUAUCCAUAAAACUAUAGAAGUUAAAAUAUUUCAUUCUUCUGCUGCAGAUACAGAGUAUAUGGAAAUUUCAAUAAUUUUAUCAGAUUUUUUUCAAAGAAAUUGGAAUCCAGUUGUCCAAGAUACUUUAUUAACGCGUUUAUAUAUAACAAUUACUAUUUUCAUAUUAAACUAGUGUUUCUUUAGGGUGUAUACUACCACGCACGUUUAUAUUAUGUUAUUAAUAAAAAAAAUUGUGCUUUAUAGAAAUUUACAAAAUUAUGAAGCUGAAGCGAAAGAUUAGAAAUUUAGUAAGAUGAUGCACGAUUGCAUCUUUAUACAUUUAUGGAUCACAUGAAUUAUUUAUCACAUGAUUAUCUCACAGCGAUAGUUUAGUUUAUUUUACCUUAGCA